UCGUUGUCUGUGAGAAUAGAGACGUACCGCUUCUGGAAGACAACGUUAAUUUCGAAUCAUAGUGAAAUUUCUAGUUGCAUCAAGUGCAUAUCACAAUACAAUAGAAUCAAAGACAAAAAUCACGACAACCAUGAUGAYAAAAAGAUCUUCAAUUGUAGCAGUAUUAGCAGUGCUAUCCGGAGCUCACGCUUUCUCUCCAGAAGUGUCUCGUCGACAGAGUUUUGAGGCGUUGGUUGGGGGAGUAGCAACAAUAGUGCUCCCAGGUGUUCUUCCGCUGCUUCCUGCCAAUGCAGUAAUUGAUGAGGAAACUCCCCGAGUCGUAACUCGAAUGGGUGGUUUGCUAGAACCUUUCCAAGAUGGCCCACGCAGCAUUAAAAUGAUGGCCCCUUCUGGGUGGAAUAAAUUCGACGGAGAGGUCGGUGCCUACGAUCUCAAGUGGCAAGAUUUGGUCAGUCCUACGGAAAACAUCAAAAUUUCCUCUACUCCCGUCAAGUCUACCACAACAUCCAUCAAUGCUCUUGGAGAAGUCCAGACUGUAGGAGAUUCGCUUGCCGCAAAGCGCAAUGCGAAGCUCGUCUCGGCAACCGAAAGACAGACGGAUGGUGUUUUAUUCUACAAGUUUGAAUUCGCCAUUAGUGAUGGAACUCAUCAGCUGCUACAACUCUGCGUAUGCAAGGGAAAACUUUGGAGUAUCGAUGCCAACUCAACGGUACGUGAUCUUAUAAGGCUUGGAAUUUGGCUUCCGUUGGUCAGACUGGCUUUUCCCCUCUAACAUUUCCAUCUGAUUUUUUUACCGAACUGUUCGUCCACCAAAAUUUUAUUUCCAUGUAUGCGAAAAAUAGGAGAAGCGUUGGUCGAAGAAAGCCGAUUUGUAUGAAAAUGUUCUUGGAUCCUUCAUGCCCAAAUUGGCUUAAUUGACUUUUUAUGGAGACUUUUUUGGUAUCCACCGUGAAUAAUUACUUASGUUUGAU